GUUAACAUCCCUCAUCGCCUCGUACGACCUGACCACCGAUCACAGUUCCGCCCAGCACCACGUUGUUGACAGUCUUCCGCCGCUCGAAGACUAUUACACCCAUUAUCUUGAGUCGAUCAGGACGGCCUCUUCGCGAGUUCGCCGUCCCCCAGACUCUACAACGACCGCACCUAUGCUACGUUCGGAACCCGCUGAGUCCGCCUUUCACACGCAUCGUACAUAGCGCGAGCUGCUCGGUGCCUCUCUCCCGUCCGUACGGACGAGCUUUCAGCAAGAGACGGAGCCUGACAGUAUACGUGGGCAACGCGCACAGCAUGGACUCUGCCCAGCGCCUUGCCAGGGUUGAGUCCUCGAAGAAGCACCUUCUCGAACAGCUCCAUCACAAGUUCAGCGGCUCUCAGCUCGUCAACAACUUCGGCGUUCAUCUCGAACCUGCAUUUGCUGCAUAUCGUCAAGCGUGUUACGACGCAGUGCUACCAGAUCUCGCCGGACCGGAGACUAGCAACAUUCUUACAGCGCUUUGGGAGACGCACACCCGAGUUCGAGGCAAGUUCGUGCAAGCUUUAAGCAAACUAAGCCCUCAUUCGCAGCAAGCCCCGUCAAAGCCAUACCGGGACACAGCCAAAGAAUUUCUCGUUUUUAUCAAAGGUAGCCAGGCUGGAUAUAAUGCCCUGCUACGCUCCAUCCAUGAUCAAUGUUCGGAUGUCUCUGUCCUCGGCAAUAUUGCAGGAGCCUACCUCAACAAUGGCGGUAACCAGAAUAAGACUGAGGCAGGAUCAGCACAGUCACCUUUAGGCCCUGUGUUCACGACGCAGGCAGUAAAGGAUGCCGCUUUGGUUGCCACCCGUGAUUCUCUAAUCUACCUUGGAGACCUCUCGCGCUGGCGGCACAAAGCUCACGUGGAUCGUCAAUCUCAGACCCCGCAAUGGAAGAAGGCUCGGCUGUACUACGAACUGGCUUAUGAGGUCGACCCGUCAUCUGGACUGGCAAAACACCAACUUGCUGUUCUGGCUGAGGACGAUGGCAAAUACUUUCCGGCCUUAGCAUACCUGUACCAGUCGAUGACGUCGGCGUUUCCCCAUCCACAUGCUGCGGGUAAUCUGGAGAAGCUUCUGGGCAAGCGCCUGGCCGUACCCGUGAAUCAGAUCAUCCCGAAGGUUAAGUCAUCAGAUGAUCAGAGCAACAAUGUGGCAACAUUAAGAGCCUGGUUUUUGCAAUUGCAUGUUCACUUCUUCCGAGGCCAACUAUUUGACAAGCAUGUUGAAAUGGAGUCUGAGGUUCUUGCCCGUCUGUCUCAGGCUCUUAAAGAUGGUACUAAUCUCGACAAAACACUGCUUUCAAUGACGCUUAUAAAUAUGGCUGCCGAAGCUGUGGCUCUAAGCCGGGCAAAGACUCUCGGUCAGGCACAUAAGAAUGAGGACCGCAUUCGCGCUCAGAAGUGGGCGCAGAUGUACUUCUUUUGCUUUCGCCACAACGUCAAGACGCUCAAAGUUCUCCUUGAUCACCUCAGCGAAAAUUUAGAGUCGCAAGCACGCGAGAGCAUCGCUGCACAGGAUAAUAAAGCCGCCCUUCCACCGGUUUCGAACAUCGCUCUGCAGUCAAUCCACGUAUACAUUCUCUGGUUUGUCGUCAACUGGCCUUUCAUGCAGGAAUGCAUCGAAAAUAACACGCCAGAUCUUGAAGUUGCUGAGGAUGUCAGACAAGUCUGGCGUUUGCUUGCGCAUGCUCUUAAUUGUAUCUAUGAGCAAUACCCGCUCUUCGAUAUACCUGCUAUUGGUGAUUGUGAGCACCUUGUCGAUGAGGAAGAAGCCACGAUGGGAUUCCAGCCCAUCCAUGUAGACGAGAACAUGGAUAUGUGGUAUCAUCAGGGCUCAAUGAAGCCUGUGAUGCGCCGAGAGAGAUCUUCCGCUGAGGUAGAGAUGUAUCACCUAGUUCGCCUUCGCGACAUAUAUAGCCGGGCUCUCCUCGUCGCCAGCAAGGAUACGUCAUUGCUUGUCCUGGAUGGUAAUAAGAUUAUUUUCAACGAGUCUGGUACUACCGACGAGUUGUUCUCGCCUGCAAAUCCUGCUCAGGAAGGAGAGCCGGUCACACCACCGCCGCUAGCAGGAGGUGCGAUCGAUCCGCUUGUCUUCAGUGCUGGAGCUGAAGAUCCAUCGCAGGCACCAUGGACGGAGCGUGAGCGUGAGCGGAAGAGAAUUGUCACGAAAGAGAACCGUACAGUUGUUUCGAGCCCCGUCGUAGCCGGCGGCCCUUUCCUGCGUCCCACCUUCGCGGUUGACCCGCUAUAUGAAUUCCCGCGGCCGCUGGCGUGGGUUCCUGAACGGUUGCAGGAUGUAAUAUGGCAUGCUGAACAUCAUACAAUGAAAGAGAAGACGCCAUGGACCGGAAUGUCAUUCGCUGAUUCUUGGUACUCUCUUAUGAGAUGAAGGAAAAGAGCCUAUGGUUCAUAUUCAAUGGGUCACGAUCAUAAUCAUUUUUCUGAUCACGGAUCAGAUACAGCGGCCAAUUCGGGACGUUAUCACCACCUUCGAUGCGUGCAGAUUGGACUGUCGUGUCUUGAGGAAGGUACUUUUGCUAGUCCACAGCGCUACCUUCCACUCAGCCCUGGCUGUGGCUGCAUUAAUUCGAUCCCAUUCAUGGCCUGCGGGCUGCCACCACAGGGCAGUAUAUCCACGUGUCAUUCGUAGCAGCAUGACAUGAAUCGAGACACGUGCCUCGUUCCUGGAAAUGCUCUGGAGGCAGAUACGAUAGAUCAAAGUCAUUUGAAAAGCUAGUUGUAAUGCUGCUGUAAUAGCAGCCAGCUAUACCCAUCCCAGUCUUUACGCUCGCUUGCACACUUGGCAUUCAUGUUCAAAAUGAGCAUGACAUGCUAUUCUGCACAUUUUCUAAGUUUUGCAAAUCCCCGUACCUCUCCAACUCAGUUCAUGAAACAAUCCUCCAACGUGACAAGGCUAGUGUUUCGCAUGGAAAAAGGAGAAGAAGGAAAUGAUUCGAUCAAGGAGGAGCAGGAGCAAUGCAAGAAGAAGUCGAUUGCAUUGUGAGCCUGAACAGUGUUCAAUGAGGAUCAGUGGAUUCGCGGGCGCGAACCUGCAUGAGCGAGGUCAUCCUACGCGUAGCAUUUUGACAGAUUUUGAAAUUUUCGCCUUCAAUCUGAACCAGGCUCGAAUUGAGUCUGUUGGCUUUUGGUAUAUGGAUCCCCUAGUCCGUGUCAACAUGUCGCGCAAGGAAAUGAAUAAAAAGGAUAAAUGCAGAUUACGUCGACACCCGCCCUUCUGACGACGGCAAUUUGAUACCUGAAGGAUACGUAAUACCAAGCUUGUGCACAAGGGCAUGUAGGCUUCGAUUUUCAGCCCGUAUAAUUUAAUGUUAAGCUCUUCAUAAAUA